CCCCUCAGCUCAUCUAUCUCAAAUUACAACACCAUUCUAACAAACACAUUGAGUGAGUUGUGAGCAAGAAGAACAAGAUGAUGAUGAUGGGGGAAAUGACUCAGUUAGGGUCUUUGAUUGGCGUAGUUAUGUUCAUUUGGGCUAUAUUCCGGCAACUGUUUCCCGACGAGCUUCGAAGGAAUGCUAGAAAGUAUGUUGAUAAAGUUGUUAGUUAUGUAUACCCUUAUGUCGAAAUCACUUUUCAUGAAUACCAAGUAGACAGUUGGUUCGAAAGAAGCGAAGCGUUUGUUGCAAUUGAACGGUACCUCAGUACCAACUCAUCAAAUAGAGCUAAAAAGCUCAAAGCAAAGGUGGUUAAGGAUUGCGAGUCGGUUGUGCUAAGCAUGGAUGAGAAUGAAGAAGUCACAGACGAGUUCAACGGCAUCCAAGUUUGGUGGACAUCGAGCAAAAAGAUCCCCCAACGACAAGCUCUCUUCUCAUACCGCGGCGAUGAAGAGAAUCGGUUCUACAGGCUCAUUUGUAGAAGAGAACACCGCGAUAUCAUCACUAAGGCUUACGUGAAACAUGUGCUAGAUGAGGGAAAGGCGAUUGCGAUAAAAGAAAGGCAACGCAAGCUGUAUACCAACAACAAGAGUGAAAAUUGGCAUGGUUAUAAGAAAACUGUGUGGAGUCACAUCAUAUUUGAGCACCCUUCUACCUUUGAUACGCUUGCAAUGGAUCCCAAGAAGAAGAAGGAGAUUUUGAACGAUUUAAUAACGUUUAGCAAGUCAAAAGACUACUACAAGAAGGUGGGCAAGUCAUGGAAGCGAGGAUAUCUUCUUUAUGGUCCACCAGGAACCGGAAAGUCUAGUAUGAUUGCGGCCAUUGCUAACUUUCUCGAGUAUGAUAUCUAUGAUCUUGAGUUAACAUCUGUGAAAGAUAACACGGAUUUAAGGAAGCUGCUGAUUGAUACAUCAAGUAAGUCGAUAAUUGUGAUUGAGGACAUCGAUUGUUCGCUUGAUCUUACGGGGCAGAGAAAGGAGAAGAAGAAGGAAGAGAGUAGUAAAGGGGAUAAAAAGGAUCCAAUUGAAAAAAAGGUUGAAGAGGAAUUAGAGGACAAGAAGAAAAAGGGAAGUGAAGUGACUUUAUCCGGGCUUUUGAACUUCAUUGAUGGGUUAUGGUCGGCUUGUGGAAGUGAGAGGUUGAUCAUAUUCACAACUAAUUAUGUUGAAAAGCUUGAUCCAGCUCUCAUUAGGAGAGGACGGAUGGAUAAGCGUAUUGAGAUGUCGUAUUGUUGUUUCGAAACGUUUAAGGUUCUUGCAAAGAACUAUUUGGAUCUUGACUCACACGAGUUGUUUGAAACCAUUAGCCGAAUGUUAGCGGAGACGAAGAUGACUCCAGCAGAUGUUGCUGAAAAUUUGAUGCCAAAGUCAGAUGAAGAGAAUGCUGAGGUUUGCUUGAAAAACUUGAUCAAAUCUUUGGAGGAAGCAAAAGAAGAAGCAAGACUCAAAGCUAUUGAAGAUGCCAGGAUCAAAGCUGAAGAGGAGGAAGCAAGUAAAAAGAAAGAAGAAAAUGGUAAAAAGGAACAAGAGAUUGAUGCAAAGUUACCUGAUGAAGAAGAAGAAAAGAAGGAUAGUAAAAGUGGCGAUGAGGUAGAGGCAAAAGAAAAUGUGUGAUGACUGAUGAGUUGACCAAAACGAUGCUACCGAGAAAUUUAAUAGUUUAAUUUUCUACAAGUGUGUUUCUUGUUUGAUUGUUUUAAUAAUGUGUUUGGUAGUCAAAAAGUAAUAUUAAAAGAUUCAUCAGUCAUGUGUAAUUUUCAA